UCGUGUUCUUCGGCGUGCAUUUGUUUUGCUCGUAUGAUUCGCUCACUGUCGAUGGUGGUGUUUUACGCAAGAGUUUCACAUUUUGUAAAUCAUGUCUAACUUUCUGCAAAAAGCUUUGCUACAAUCUUGGCCACCACUGGUCAGUUUUAAGCGUUUUCGCGGAAAAAUCAACAUCCAAAGACCACGGCAGCCGCACUACGAAAGGGCUCGUGUUAUCGAACUGGUAAAGCCGGUUUACAAACAACCGGAUUUUAAUGCUCCCUGCCAGGAUGCCGGACAGUCCAAAAUCAACCAAAAAGUCGUAAAUCCCUACGAAAAGAUUAUUGCCCGCGAAGUGCGCAACUGGUUGGACCACAGUAAAAUGGUUGCCUUCAUUCAUUCGAACUCCAUCAGGCAGGAGGAUUUCUUCAAAGCUCAAGUCGCUCUACACCGACAUCAAAUAAGCGUAAAAAGCUACGGAAAGUCUAUCAUCCAACAAGCGGUCGAAGGAACCAAAUAUGAAGCUAUUCAGUCGUUAUUCAACGUCAAAACUGUCAUCAUUUUUUGUCCAGAUGAAUCCAAAAUCCGGCAGCUAUUGGCCGUGCUCAAGAAGACACCUCAGUUUGUGCUGAUGGCCGGGAUCAUCCAGGGCCAAUUCCUCAGCAAGGAGGAAUUUAUCGGUUUCGCUUCGUUGCCGGAUCUAACGACUGCACGGGCACAGUUGGCCGCAGUGCUGGAGAGCGCGGGGGCCAAGAUUGUUAGUGACCUGGAGUGUCACCAGAAUCAAUUGGUUAACGUGUUGGAGUCUUACGUACGGCAUGAGAAUGAAAAAUCUGGUGCCAGUUCCGGGGAGAGCGAUGAAACUGAAGGGAGUAAAGCGUGAUCCAAAGGUGAGUGUGGGAAAUAGUGUAAUAAAAUGGAUUUAAACUGAAA